UUCAUUAUUUUCCCACUGUUCCCCGGUCGUAGCCGUUAUUUUCACCUCAUUCCAGGUUAAUCGCAGAGCUCGAGCAAUCUGACCGCCGUCUGGCAGAAGUACGUCUGACCUAUGAGAAGAAACUGACGGAACUGUCAGCUCAAAUCAAAAAGAUGGAAGCGGAAAGGGAUAAAGUCCUGAUGGAAGCUGAGACGAAGAAAACCGACAAGGCUAGCCAGGAGCAAGCAAAGAGAAUCCGUGACGAAUACGAAAGGAAACUAGCGGAUAUGAGAAAUGAAUUUAGAAAAUUGCAAAUGGUUGAAAGAGAACAUAAGAGAAUGCAGGCACGACAAGAACGUGAGCGUCAAGAAUUGAUGAGAUACCAAGUCGAGCUGAAGGAGUUGAAGAGGGUCAAGAUUUGA